UUGCAGGUGCCAAUGGCGGUGUGUUUUGGACUGUUGUGAAAGCUCUGACUUUGGUUCUCAUUCAGUCAUUCACUCCCCCUCUCCCCACCCACUACCAAUCCCCUCCUCAAUAUCCACUUCCUCCUCCCUCACAAAUCUCCACCGUUGAUUCCCACAAUGGUCGGCCCGAUCAACGGCGGCGGACCCGAGGAGGAUUUCAUCCGGAGGCACCACAAGCACGACGUCGCCGAGAACCAGUGCUCCUCCUCCCUCGUCAAACACAUCAAAGCUCCUCUCCCCCUCGUGUGGUCGCUGGUGCGGCGCUUCGAUCAGCCGCAGCGGUACAAGCCAUUCGUGAGCCGGUGUAUAGCGCAGGGCGAUUUGCGGAUUGGGACGGUGAGAGAGGUUAAUGUCAAAUCGGGGCUGCCCGCCACCACCAGCAAGGAGCGCCUCGAGCUGCUCGAUGAUGAGGAGCACAUUUUCAGCGUGCGGAUUGUCGGUGGAGAUCACCGCCUCAAGGUACCGCCGCCUUCUCUCUCGUUUUCCUUUGCUUUUCCGAUUCAUUGGACGGAAUCAGCUACAUUUCUCUGUCUGGCAUUCGUGAUUGAAAAAUUGAAUUCGACGCUUUUUAUUAGGGUUAUUUUCUCCCUUUCCGCUUUGCUCGAUUCAAUUUCCAGUUUUUUGCUUAUUGAUUCCCAAUUUCCGGUGGCUGAUUUAGGUCAAAUUAGCUUGAAUUAUAAUAACAAUAUGUGGUAAUCACGGUGUUUAUCCAUUUUUACGUAUUCAGAAACACAUUGUUUGAUACAUUUGCUUGAAUGUGUCGUCGUCAUAAUCAUCAUGAUCAUCAUCUUUACUUGAAUGCGUAAUGAAUUGGCUUGUGAUUUGAGACUACUGAGCCAAAACUAUACGACAAAUUCCAGCAAUGAUGAUCUUUAUUAGGGCAAAUGUGUGGCGAGGGUAUGAGCGGCGUUUUUGUGUUUUAUUAAUCGCAGAACUACUCCUCCAUCAUCACCGUUCAUCCAGAGACGAUUGAUGGAAGGGCGGGGACAAUGGUGAUCGAGUCUUUCGUUGUGGAUGUACCGGAAGGGAACACCAAGGACGAAACGUGCUACUUCGUGGAGGCGCUGAUCAAAUGCAACCUCAAGUCGCUGGCCGAUGUGUCGGAGCAUCUAGCCGUGCAGGAGCGGCAAUCGAUGGAAUCCGAGUAGAGGGUGUUGCUACAUACAUACAUACAUAUAUCUAAAAGUGAGUUGAGAGAGUGGCGUGGCGCCACUCCUCCUCGGCCGUCUUUCAGCUAUCUGUGUCGGUGAAAGGGCGACGUGGGUUUGUUGCUUUAGUUUCUUGCAAUCUGUUUCUCCAUGUUGGAGCCCACUGUAGUUACAUUCGAGAUCCAUCAUCCAUUUUGGUAUGUGCUUCAAACCUUUGUUUUGAGAUUGGGUUGUAAAUAUUGUAGGCUAGGAAGAUGAAUUACUUAAUUUGAUAUGUCGUGGAGAUGUUUUUUGUGGUUUUGAUGCUGUGACUAUUUGCGAUUACAGUUUGGAGUUUGUAAAUUAAUGUUGUUGUCUUGUGUUUUUGGAGAAUAUAGCUCUUAUUGAGGAA